UAGAGUGGAGUGGAAUGGAAUGGAGUGGAAAAAGAAGAGCAGAGAAGGGGGACUCAUUCAUGUUUUGCCUCUAGCUGUUACAAGUCCAGUCGAACGAAUAGUAUACGCUUGUGCAGCACGAAUGUUGCGAGCCGUUUAACCUCGGACUAAAUCGAAUCGCAUUGCAAAACGUAAAUCACGUCAACAACGCAAGCCGUAAGACGCAAGACGUAGGACGCAAGACGUAGGAUGCAAGACGUAGGACGCAAGACGUAGGACGCAAGACGUAGGACGCAAGACGCAAGACGUAGGACGUAGGACGUAGAACGUAGGACGUAGGACGUAUGAUAAAGAAGAUAGAACGUGGAGAACGCAAGGACACAAAAAAUACAGUGCGAGAUAGAGCGUGUGUAGCGAUCGAGUAGAACGUAAUUGUUUGGGAGAGCGUGCAACGUCAGCCACGUUGCUGUUCACUGCCGGUGAAUGUGUUUUCUCAUUGAGUGCGAUAACACCAAGAACCGGAAAAUUCAGUAUCACGUUCGAAAGAACGAGCUAGAUUCGAAGCUCUGUUUGGAUUCGUUGGAUGGGCAACCGCGAUGCAACCUUUGCAAAGUGUUCCGAAAAAGUUUUGCAAAGUUUUGUAAAGUGAUGUUUAGUUUCUGAUCGUUAUAAGAGCGAACGUAUCGAACGAUUUCGUUCUUCUAUGGAUUUUACUGUUACGUUAUGUAUCCAGCGUCGAUAAACGAAGCCGACAAGUAUAUAUAUUGACUAAUUUGUGCGAUCAAGUUGAAAGCUGUAAGAAACAAGUUGAAAGCUCUAGAAAGAAUCAACGAUAUCCGAGUAUCUUUUAUCUUUGAAAGUAUUAUUAAAUUCUACGAUAUUCGGUAUCUAGAGUAUCGUUGGGUUUAUUAGAACGGCAUAAGAAAGGACGAGAGUCAACUGGUCGUUCGAUAGACGGUAGAUAGUGGUCGAAUGGAUAGUACUGUAUGCAUAGAUGGACGAUGGAGAAGGAAUAAUACUUGCGACGAACAGUAGUGCUGCUACUAAUAUAGCUGCUAGUGAUAUAUGAACGCGUAUGUAAAUUUACACGCAUAUGCUGUUCCUCGUAUCCGAAUGUAUUGCGUCGUUAAUGCUGCUAUCUUGAUUUCUCAUUUUCGAUUCUAUUCGAUAAUCGGCAACUGCAUUGUUUACAUCGUGGUCUGGAUAUUUAUUGGAUGAUCGGUGAUCGUCGCGAGAGUCAGGAAGGAUCGCGUGCGCGCGAAAGGAUGGCCGAUUUGAUCUGUUUUUUGCUAGCAAUGUUCGGGCAAUUGCUCGUUCGCGAGAGCAAGGGUAGUCUCCUUGGCAUAGAGCUCGAUGAAACCGGUGAAAAAUUUCUCAACGAGUAUUUGUCUCUCGAUGAUGGCAAGCAUCUCGCCGAGUUACAGGAGUUUGAAGAUACAGCGAUCGAACUCGAUUUGAUCGAUCAGAAAAAGAAACAUCGACCGAUGUUACAUCAACCGCCCAGGGUGCUCUACCAAAUCGGGGACAGCGAAGACGAAUUGCCCGAGUGUUUGGACCGAAGCGAAGUUUGCAGCAAGGUGGAUUUAUACGGAUCACCCUGGGUCGAGAGACAAUGUCGUUGCCCGGAUGGUCGUACCUGCCCUAGCAGUUUGCACGGAGACGACGGACACACGAUUGUCGAUAAAACACGGCAGUACAAGCUUUGCGAGCCGGUGAAACGUCUACCCAUCUGUCGUUACUUCAAAGACGUCACCUGGACUUUAGCUCCUGGAGGGGGCCCAGCGAACGCGACGGUUCAGCGAGUUUAUUGCCGAUGUCGGCCAGGCAGCGUACCUUAUCUAGUUCGAAGACAGGCUUACAGGUCUGCGGAGGGAAGCCCAGGUUUUAUAUACGCAUUCGCCUGUUCUCCGCAAAGCAGACUACGUUGUCAGCACAAGGAACCUUGCCGACUGUUCACCGUACGUAAGAGACGCAGCUCGCAACUCGAAGAGGUGAAUGCAUCGCCUCUUUGCCAGUGUCCAAAAGGUCAUCGAUGUCCAAGGAGACACACCGAUCCAGGAUCGCUGCCAGCGAGAUCUUACUCCGGCAUCUUGGAGAUUAAAACGUACAGCGGAUACUGCGUACCUUCGCAAUCGCAUCAUUCCGAAGCGGUUUAUAACGUGUGACUAGCAGCAGUUUCAAAGGUGUCGCGCUAACCAACGAUUGCACUCGCUUGUAUUACGAAAUGAGGGAAAAGUUGAAUUUGUGAUAUUUGCGGUCGUAUGUGCAUAGUCGAAUUCGAAAACUUUCAAAGCGUUCUCUAGACUCUAACGAGCACGAACAGAAGCCGAUCUUUGCUUCGAGAUACCGAUAAAACUGUUACUAGGUAAAAUUACUAGUGGUCGUCGCCUCGACUGAUUUCCGUUUGUUCGGAGUUUUAAAUAUAAGUUUACCGUCCAUUCGUAGAAACCUAUGAAACGUAUUAAAAGUUGAAACUUGCAACACGUAGUAGUAGUAGUAGUAGUAGUAGUAGUAGUAGUAGUAGUAGUAGUAGUAGUAGUAGUAGUAGUAGUAGUGGUGGUAGUAGUAGUGGUAGUAGUAGUGGUAGUGGUAGUAGUAGUGGUAGUAGUAG